CUCUGUGUUUCUCAGCAGAGUGAUCCCUCUUCUUCAUAGAGGAUCUGUGCAGUCCGGGUCUCGGAGCUCCAGCAGCUCUGCGGAGGAUCAGGAUGCUCUUCACGUCCUCCUCCUCCUCACAGACACAGACCCUCUGAUCCUCCAGAACCGCCUCCGUCCCCCGAUCCGGACCCGGCUUACACCAGCUCCAGUCCAGCUGCAGCUCCAGUCCAGACCCGGAUCCGUAUCCCUGAUAGAAAGGCUGGAUUAUGUGAGAGGGGGGUGCUGCAGGGGCGCGAGGCGGGGGUGUUGUGGUGGUUUUGGAUCGUGGACCCCGCGCGCUUGAGUUGUUGUUUGAUUGUGAAACAUCAUCAGGGUUCCUGGAUUCAUGAUGCUGGAUCUGGUUUUGUUUUGGCUCCAGACACAAAAACCUGCCAUGGGGAUCCUUUUAGGGGCAGACUGACCACCUGGACCACCUGGACCUGAACCCACCAGCUGCACACCUGGGUCCUCUGUCGGUAUUUCUCCUGUUCUUCACCUGUGAUUCACCUGGGAGGACACAUGUCUCAGAUCCCUCAUGGCGGUCUGGACCAGCAGCACCAGCAGGGCCAGUACAACCAGAUCUGCACGCGCAGCAGCAGUGGCUCGUGCCCGGCCCCCGCUGUGCCCACCUGUACGGGGCAUCGAACCCGGAACCCCCGCAGGAAGUGGCAGGUGUUCCCGGGCAGGAACCGGUUCUACUGCAACGGGAGGAUCAUGAUGGCGAGGCAGACUGGAGUCUUCUACCUGACCCUGGUCCUCAUCCUGCUCACCUGUGGGCUCUUCUUCACCUUCGACUGUCCCUUCCUGGCGUCCAACCUGACCCCGGCCAUCCCGGCAGUCGGCGGUGUCCUCUUCGUCUUUGUGAUGGGGAUGCUCUUCAGGGCGAGUUUCACAGACCCCGGCGUUCUUCCUCGAGCCACGCCGGACGAGGCCGCUGACCUGGAGAGACAAAUCGACUCGGCAGGCUGCUCCAGACCGCCGCCUCGCACCAGAGAGGUUCUGAUCAACGGACAAACGGUCAAACUGAAAUACUGCUUCACCUGCAAGAUCUUCAGACCGCCCCGAGCGUCACACUGCAGCCUGUGUGACAACUGUGUCGAGCGUUUCGACCAUCACUGUCCCUGGGUGGGGAACUGCGUCGGACGGAGGAACUACCGCUUCUUCUACCUGUUCAUCCUCUCGCUCUCCUUCCUCACCAUCUUCAUCUUCGCCUUCGUCAUCACACACGUCAUCCUCAGAUCGAACCGGACAGGUUUCCUGAGCGCACUCAAAGACAGCCCGGCCAGCGUCCUGGAGGUGGUGGUGUGUUUCUUCUCCGUCUGGUCCAUCGUCGGUCUGUCAGGGUUCCACACGUACCUGAUCAGCUCCAACCAGACCACCAAUGAAGACAUCAAAGGUACCUGGUCCAGCAAGCGAGGGAAGGACAAUUACAACCCCUACAGCUACGGGAACAUCCUGACCAACUGCUGUGCGGCUCUGUGUGGACCCGUGCCCCCCAGUUUGAUCGACAGGAGAGGUCUGAUCAAGUCCGACACACCACAGACCGUGUCCCAGACCAACGGGACCAGCGGCGGCAGCUACGCCUCCACGCAGCUCAACAGUCACAUGUGCGAUCAGGAUCAGUGCAUCCAGAGCACCAAGUUCGUCCUCCAGGCUGCAGCCACCCCGCUGCUCCACAGCGACCCCGUGGUCAUGGCCCCUCUCCCGGGGAAAACCACCACCCUCGGGGGCCCCUGCGCCUACCUCGCCCCCUCCCAGCCAUCCCUACCGUCCUGCGGGGGAGACGUCCACAUCCUGAGGGACGUCGCCUCCGACUCCCACUGCCACCACCACCUCCACCAUCACCACCACCACCCGCACCACCACUUCGUCAGCCCUGAGGAGACGCCCUGCACCACGCCGCAGGGUGCCCUGCCCUGCCCCGCCCACCUGCACCUCCACCAACACCAACACCAACAUCCCCCCAUCCCCUCCCCCUCCAGCCUGUACGACCCAGCCAGUCAGGACGCGCUGCACGAGGACUCGGUCAGGGGGCUCGUUAAGCUCAGCUCCGUCUGAACUGAACUCACAUGUCUGACAUUUCUCCUCCGUCUGACUUCAGGCUUCAGUUUUUUAAAGUUUUAUUCACAGAGAGUUUAUUUCUGUUCACCAGUUUGAUGAAUAUUUUUAUUUUAACUGUUCAAAAGUCCCCAGGUUCAGAGAAAUGUCUGAGUCUGUGGGGAAGUCUUUCCUAAACAGAGUCACAUUUACUUGGAAGCUUGAGUCAAUGGCAUCUUCAGAGAACAAAUUAAAGACAAAACUCAAGAUUUUUCACUAAACACAAAUAUGUAGAAGAGUUAAAAGUUCCAGAAAAAGUAAAAGUAAAGGUAGAAAGUCUGAAAAGUGAAGAAAAAUGAGACAGAGAGAGUUUCUCCUGUAAACAUGCGACGUCUCUCUUCAUGAAAAAAUGAACAUGUGUUGUUUUGAAACCCUCUGGAGUCCAGAUUCAUCUUGGUAAACAUUUGCAGACUUUCUCUGCAUUUAAUAUUUGGAGUUCAUCUCAUUAACGUUCAUGCAUUUUGUCUUAGACAAGCACAGCGACAAAUCUGACUUUCAUUUUCUAAAUCAAAGCAAAGAACAAACAACAAAAAUAAGCACAAAGGGACUACAUGACAUCGUGGUCGCAGCCAAAUUCAACCAGAACUGUGUCUGGUCCGUCUCCGAUCCGUCACAGCACCAGAUCUGAUAGGUUUCAAUUCUAGUCAGUGUGUUAACUUCCACUGGAUCCGCUCUGUUGUGUCUCUGAUCCAGCAGGUCGGAGUCCUCCGGAUCAGAUACACAAGACUUCUAUUGUUGCCGGAUGCCGGAGCACGACGCAUCAAUCUCAACAGAGCAGAUGGAGCGGGACAGGAAGUCAGGUUUCACCAAAACAAAAUGAAAACAUCCGGUUAAUUUUCAGAAUAAAACACUCUGUGUUAUCACCAGAUCGUAUUUCACUUAACUACAACAACAAACCAAAGUCAUGAUGAGCGGAGCCAGGCCUGGAGUCAACAGGUCAGAGGUUUUCAGAGGACCAGAAAGACAACAUGGAUGAGGAGAGGAGGAGGAGGAGAAUCCUUGAUUCAGUGAUUACCAAGGGGAAACCUCGGUCACAUGACUCCAGCUGUCCGGAGGUCCUGCUCUGUACUGCGUUCUGAAAACACAACCGGUGGGUGUUGAAGGACGAGAGAGCACGGAGCAGGACCGCAGCGGAUCAGAGACGGACCAGACAUGGAUCUGGUGGAAGUCCUGUGUUAAGCAGUAUAGCAGCUGUGACAGAGGACAGAGCAGAGACACACAGCAGGCAGGAAAAUGGGCAACUUAGGCAGCAAAUAAACACAAUCCAGCACCUUCCUGUGCUUUAGUGUGAAGAGAGGACUUGUUUUUAAUUUCUUUAGAGCACAAAAACUGUAAAACAAAGAGAAAAUAACAUCUCAUUUUUUAGUUUCACGUUUUUUGUCUCUGCUGCUCUCUCUCUCUUGGGUAAAAAAUAUGACUGUAGUUCUGUUUUUUUCACAAUCUUUAGUGCUUUUCAACAGUAAUCAAUAUAAAGAUAAUGGGAGAAACCUCCAGCAGGACCAGACUCAUGUUAGACACACAUCUGCUGAGACCGUGUUGGAGAGAGGGAUAGAGGGAGAUGAAGAGAGAGAGAGAUGAUAGUGGGGAGACGGAUAGUAGUAGUUGUAGCAGCUGGAGUCUGGCACAUCCACAGCAGCAGAGAUCCAGAGGAACCUACGAGACAAGGGAGCUCAGGGACUCCAGAAAGGUCUAAGAAAAGAGAGAAGAGAGGGAGACCAGAGGAAAGAAAAAGAGGAGAAGAAAUGGUGAAGGAAAGGACAGGAUAAAAAAAGGAGACAGAAAGGAUGAAGAAACAUGGAAAGAACAAAUAGAGAAAGAAAGAAAGAAAGAAGGAAAUCAGAAAGGAAUGGAAGGAAUAAAGAAAAAAAGAAGGAAAGAAGUCAGAAAGGAAUGAAAGGAAAAAGGAAUAAAAGAAAGAAAGAAAGAAAGAAAGAAAGGAGACAUAAAGGAUGAAGAAAAUGGAAAGAACAAGAGAGAACG